CCGAGAGUGCCAGUAGUUGAGAGAACGGUGGUCGUCUUUGUAGGUGUGUCGCUUGUUUUUUUCCUCUCCGGUCGCACAUCAAUAAUGCCGUUGGGAGCCGCCUCCGAGGGGCCGAAGUGUGACGAGUGCCCGGUUCCGGCCGUGAAAACGCCCCGUUCCGCGUUCUGCGACUCCCGUACGAAAUGUUGAAAUUUUGUACGUGAGGCCGAUCCGCCAGGUACAGGGAUUCUUUCCUCAGCCAGUUUUCGAGAUUAGGAGGUCGGUUGUGAAAAAAAUGUGGAACAUGAUGUGCGACGUUAUGCCGACGAUAUCGGAGGACACGGUGAGCCAGCGGAGCUCCCAGUUUUCCGGCGAGGAUGCCAAUUUCGAGCAGCUCAUGGUUACGAUGCUCGACGAGAGGGACAAACUCGUCGACACCCUGAGGGAGACCCAGGAGAGGCUCAGCGAGACGGAGGCCAAAUUAGGAGAGGUGGAGAAGGAGAGAGACUCUCUCCAGAGACAAAUCGCCGCGACUCUGCCCCAGGAAUUCGCCACUUUAACAAAGGAGUUGAACCAAGCAAGGGAACAACUAAUAGAAAGAGACGAAGAGAUCCAAGAGCUCAAAGCGGAAAGAAACAAUACGAGAUUGCUUCUUGAACAUUUAGAGUGUCUUGUCUCGAGGCACGAAAGGUCCCUCAGGAUGACUGUCGUUAAGAGGCAGGCGUCGUCCCAGUCUGUCGUUUCGAGCGAAGUCGAAGUCCUCAAGGCUUUAAAGAGCCUUUUCGAACAUCACAAAGCUCUAGAUGAAAAAGUACGGGAAAGGCUGAGAGUAGCGAUAGAUAAAAAUACAAGAUUAGAAGAAGAAUUAGCUAACACCAAAGAAGAGUUGCAACAGUACAAAUUAGGUAAUAUCCCUUCAGGUGGGGAAGAACUGAAACCAAUAGAAAAUGGUUCGCAAGAAUCAAACGAAAAUAAUCAAAACAACCAACAAACGGUCAAGGCAAUUCAACCGGUGACAAACGGAUCGAUCGAAACGGAUUCUGAAAAGCCAAAAUCUCCCGAAAAGCAACCACAAGUCUCAACUGAGAAACAGAACAACGAAAUCCAAAGGCAGUGGGAAAGAAAAGUAGGCGAACUCACUGGCCGAGUGGCUGAACUCGAGGAUAAUUUAACGAAGGCACAGAGAGAAUUGAGUCGAACUCAAGAUUCCAAUUCAAAACUACAAAGGGAUCUAAGGGAAAAUGUGGCCCAGAAAGAAGAUCAAGAAGAAAGAAUAGCAACUUUGGAAAAGCGGUAUUUAAGCGCCCAAAGAGAAUCGACAUCAUUGCACGAUCUUAAUGAAAAACUAGAACAAGAAUUACAGCACAAAGAAGCUCAAAUUAAACUCCAAGAGGAUAAAAUUAGGGCCCUUCAAGAGAAACUAGAAUUGUGCGAACAGAAAUUAGCGCAGUUCGCAAAAUUGCCCGAAAUGGAGGAAGAGCUUAGGGCAAGAAUGGCCGCACUGAGCCAGGUGAGGGAUCAGGCCCAAGAAAGGCAUGGCACGGCUGAAGAUAGGAUUCAACGACUUCAAGCGGAAGUGGACGAAAAGAACGCCGAGCUCGUUAGGCUGAAUCAAAGACUGAAAAUGAACGAGGAGCACAAUACAAGGCUAUCUUCAACAGUAGACAAAUUACUAUCAGAAUCCAAUGAACGAUUGCAAGUUCAUCUCAAAGAAAGAAUGCAUGCGCUAGAAGAGAAAAAUGCCUUGACGCAGGAGCUAGAAAGAACAAGAAAAAUAUUAGAAGAACAACAAAUAGAAAAGUCUGAAAUUGUGAAAGAGCUGAAUAAGGCAAGGCUGGAAAUUGACAGUGUAAAAAGGCAGAUGCUCCAGCAGGAAAUUGCCUUCAAUAUUCAGCAAACCGACGCUUUGACAAGGAGUCUUUCGCCUUCAGCUGAUCCGACCGGUUUUGUUCAUAGUACAAGUCAUACGAGUUUUGACACGCAUUCUCUUCCGAGAAGAGCUAUCAAGUCGCGCCUUCUCCAAGACGACCCUGCAAAGGAAUGGGAAAAAUUGGAACAACAGCAUGUUCUCGGAAAUGUGCAACAAGUGUAUGACUGUAGCGAUGUCGAAGGCGAUGAUAACGACUCUUUGUUCAGCGCCGCUGAAAUUCUAUCGCCGUCAGGUCACACAGAUGCACAGACUCUUGCUCUGAUGCUUCAAGAACAGCUUGAUGCCAUUAAUAAUGAAAUCAGACUGAUACAGGAAGAGAAGCAGAGCACAGAAGCAAGAGCGGAAGAACUCGAGUCACGAGUCGGAAGUCUUGAACAUAUGAAUUUAGUCGCUCGUAGUCGAAGCCUGGAAAGAGGUUCUCCGCCUCUUUCUGGGAGGUCGACUCCAAAAUCACCUCAUAAAGACUACCUCCACAAAUAUCACACUUUACAGCUGGCACAACUGUCAAGUGAACUUUCUGAUGAGCUUCAAUCGCUUGGCGGCGCUCCGAGUGAAAGCAGUGGAGCUGCCAGCCCUCUAACUGCUCGAACUUUACGUCUUGAAAGAGUAGCUCAAGCGCUCGCUCACAGCCAGGAAGAACUUAGAAGAAAGACUGGCAUGAACUCGCUUCCCUCCGGUGGCUAUGGGCAAGCGACCCUGAGAAUGGCUCUCCCAGAUCACGCUUUGGCUCUCUAUCACAUGCCAAACAGGCCAAGUGGAUUUUCAACACCUCCUUCCCCACUGUCUUCUCGGCACAGCUCCCAGGACUCGUUGCACAAGCACGCUUCGUUGGCCGGCGGUGGAAUGCUUCAGGCGUCGCAGUCCUACAGUACACCAGCAGGCGUUUCAGCGGCGCAGCAGCACAAGCAGAAGAAGGGGAUAAAAUCAUCUUUAGGGAGAUUUUUCAGCAAAAAAGAAAAGUGUACUAAUUGCCUGUUAGACAGCUUCCGGCAGGUCAAAGGCAAAGACGGGCUUGGUAUUCCGAGCCAGGAGACCUUUACGAUGUCGUCGUCGAUGGGCGAAGCAGAUUUUGCUACAGAGGGUUCUACUCUCGGGACCAUAGGACAAAGGGCUGAUUUAGACAGAAGAAAAAAUAAAAAUUGUGUAAGACAAGGACUGUUAGCAGAAGCGAUGAAAGCCGGCACUCCGUUUGCUCUUUGGAACGGGCCGACAAUAGUCGCUUGGCUCGAAUUGUGGGUAGGAAUGCCUGCCUGGUAUGUAGCUGCUUGUAGAGCAAACGUUAAAUCGGGCGCGAUAAUGAGCGCACUUAGCGAUACGGAAAUCCAAAGGGAAAUCGGCAUCAGCAAUCCUCUUCAUCGUUUGAAACUUCGCCUCGCCAUACAGGAAAUGGUAUCACUUACUAGCCCUUCAGCACCUAAAACUUCUAGAGUGACUUUAGCUUUUGGAGAUAUGAAUCAUGAAUGGAUGGGCAAUGUCUGGCUGCCUUCACUCGGUCUACCUCAGUACAGAAGCACGUUUAUGGAGAGUCUCGUCGAUGCCAGGAUGUUAGAUUACCUUACGAAAAAAGACCUUAGAGUCCAAUUAAAAAUGAUAGAUAGUUUUCACAGAACAAGUUUACAGUUCGGAAUCGCCUGUCUCAAACGAUUAAAUUACGACAGGAAGCAACUCGAGGAUCGACGGCGGGCUUCUGACAACGAACUCACAGACGUUUUAGUGUGGUCAAAUGAAAGGGUCAUGAGAUGGGUUUCGUCUAUCGGUUUGAAGGAGUAUGCAGGCAAUUUAACUGAAUCGGGUGUUCAUGGUGCUUUACUGGCCUUAGAUGACAGCUUCGAUCAUAAAAGCAUGGCAAUGGCAUUGCAAAUACCAUCCCAUAACACGCAGGCAAGGGAACUGUUAGAAGUGGAAUUCAACAACUUGCUUUACAUGGCUACUGACCGACGUGGAGACCCAGAGAUGGGGAAGUCUUGAUAGAGUGAGGCCAAAGAAAAGUCUUUUGUAGAACAAUUCGUGUAAGAGACUGCCCUAAACAAAUACGAGAGAUCCGGCAGGUGGGGUGCAAGUUUUACGACAAUAUACUGUGCGAGCCAACCGCCUUCGGUCUGUGAUCUAGGACAAAUUUUCAGGAAAGUGUAAUUUUUUAUUUUGCAAAGUAAAAGGCCUAAUUAGUUCUCUGUUUCUGGCAUUCCACCGAAGGUGUAUGUGUGCGUUUUGACAAAAUAGAAUAGGACGAUUACAAAAAAAAUUUCUUUAUUUUUUCUUUUGUUUAUUUUAUAAGUAUUCUACUCGUGACUGUUCAGCUUGCCAAAGAUUAAAAAAUAAGGUAUUUGGGUUUGUCUUUUUAUUUUUUACAUUGUCUAUGCCAAAGUGACGAUCAUAGAUUUGUGUUUUCUGUCGGGAUUAUACAUUCAAUGAAACAAAACAAAUAAGAACAAAAAGACUAAAUUGAAAUUUAAUCUACUUUACUAGUCAAAAAACAAAUUGACUACCUCUUUUACUGUCUGCCUCAGCUUUAAAAGUAGUAAAUUCAGCCCUCUUUUUUUUUUAUUACAUAACUUACGACAAUACAGAAAUAAUAAUAUAUUAUUGCUAUUCUUCCAUUAUAUAUUGUAAUUCGCUUCAAGUUCCAAGUUGACCAUUAUGAAGAAUAAAUUUUAUAACAAUUAAAAGAAUCAUGUGAAUAAUUGUAUUGUAUGUUUCUACAUAUCGAUUAAAAUAUAUAAUAUGUAUAUUCAAGGAUGUGGCGGUUUUUCUGUUCUUUUUGUACAAUAUGUUUUCAUUCUUUUUAUUUUUCUUCUUCGAUCCUAUUCUUGUAUGACUUUUGAUUUUUAGUAAUGUGCGUUAUCACUAGCUUAAGGCCUUAAGCCUUUAUUGAGAUUAAAGAAUAUAUAUAAAGAGAAAAAUGUAUAAUAUUGUAAAUUCCAAGGGUGUGCAUUCCGCUUUGUUAUAUAGCAGUAAGUUAUAUAAAUAUAUACAUAUAUAAAUAUAAAUAGAUUUGUACAUUAAGAUAUUUAAUAAUGGUAAAAUUUUGCUGAUGGCAAAAAUUUGUUGGUGUUAUUAGAAAUAAUGUUUGUCUGUUAUUGUUAGCUAAGUUAAUAGUAAAAGGGAAAUUAAUCACAAUUUUCAUUUUGUCCUUAAGUUUAAAAGAGAAAUGACACUUUGACAAUAGGGCGUGGCUGAAUAAGAAAAAUGUGAGGGUGAAAGCAGACACGAAGCCGGCCUCAUUGUUGGUCAGGAUGUAGCAAAUAAACGAGCCUCCAUGAGGCUGCUCUGAUUUAUUUUCUGCUGUUAAUGUUUGUACAACAUCGCUCUGUUGUUGUUAAAAUUGAAUUAGUCCCCUAUAAACAAAAGAAACUACUUUUAGGCAAUAAGCUAUUUUUAUUUUUAUUUUUUUGUUUAUAAAAAUAAUAAUUUUAAAAAAUAAAGCAAACAUUGUGAGACAUUGUAAGAGGAAAAUGUCAAUGUUUCAAGUUACCUUGAAUUGUAAGGUCUAGUCUUAAUUAAAAUCCAAAACUUGAAUUUUAUCCAAAACUUCCGCCAAAAUACUAACCCUUGUACAUAACAACUUAUUUAAUUUUGAUUAUGAUGUAAUUUAAAAUAAAUCUUUAUUUAAUGGUUUGAUGGAUAUUCGGCACACCGAGCUUUUCAUAGUGGCCGAUUUGUUGAUUUUGUAUUAAUUAUUAAACAAACACGUAGUAAUGCUAUAAAAAAAACAAUAUCAUUUGCAAUUUUAAUCAA